AUGGGAGAUAUCAAUAAUAAUGGUGUUAUUCAUAAUAAUGGUGAUAAUAAUGGAGAUAAGGAUGGUGGUAUUGUUAAAAACGGUGAUACUGAUAAUAAUGGUGAUACUGAUAACAUUGGUGAUAUUGAUAAUAAUGAUGAUAUUUAUAACACUGUUGAUAAUGAUAAUAAUGGUGGUGUUCAUAACAAUGGUGGUGCUGAUACUAAAAUGGGGUUUAUGGUUGAUGGUAUGAGGGAUACUUAUAUAAAUAUGGGCGAUAUUCAUGUGGAUGUGGAAUAUGAGGUGAAUAACCAGUCAGAGGAGGGUGCUGUGUAUGAUGGUCUUGGGGAUAAUAUAUAUAAAGGUGUUUUAUCAGAAGAUGUUAUUUUAAAUCCAGGUACAAUGACUAUGGUGAAAGUUAUGUUGAUGGAAGUGAAAAUGCCUAAAGAGAUGUGUAAAUUGAGGGUAGUGAAACAGGGUAUCAAAUACGAGUGUCACACGGAUGGAAUUAUAGAAUUGCAAUGA